CCGGCCGCCGGUGCAGAGGGAGGGGGUGCCCAGAGAGGGGGUUCGGCCCCUCCUGCGGGAGAGAGGGAAUCUGCUGAGCUUGCCCAGACCCUAAAUCCCUGUUUGUUCCGCUUGUGGCUUUUCUUAAAAGGCCGGGAUUGGGGACAGGACAGGGAUGGGGACCCGGCGGGACACGGGGACCCUCCCGGUGGUGGCUGCGCCCCGACGCCUGGGUUCGCUGCCGGUGCCGCUCGGGGGAGGCGCGAGGCCCGGCUGUGCUGAGCGCGGCACAUUCCCGGCUGGGGGGGGAGGCCGAGACGUGGCCCCCGCCGCCACCACCACCACCACCACCGCCACCAGCUCCCACCAGCGCUGGGGUCCAGCACAGGGUCCGGCGCAGCGGUGCGAGCCCGGCCGCCGGCAUGGCCGCGGGGUGCCGGCCCGCGCCCCCCUGGACCUACCGCCGCAUCGCCGGGGAAUACGCGUACCUGGAGAAGCGCUUCGUGGCGGAGCUGGCCCCCCCCUGGCCCCCGGCACCCCCCGUUCCCCCCCGGCGCCUGCAGGACUUCGCCACCCCACCCCCCCUGGGCCGGGAGACCCGGGCCCGGGCACCCCCCCACCCGCUGCCCCCCGGGACAGCCUGAGGGGACGGGGGGCAGCGGACCCCGGGGCCGGCACCCGCCGUGUGCCCCCCGUCCCCCGCUGCCAGGAGGGGGUAGGCUGGGCCCCCCCAGCUACGAGGCCCCAUAUGCAGCGGGUGCAGGCGGCCCACACCCGCCGUGGGGGGCCACCCCCCUACAUCUCGCCCCCCGCCUACGACGCUCCCCACCGCACCCUGCAGCUCCGGCCCCCCUGGGGACCGCGUAGCCCCCCGCCGGCACCCCGCGGCCGUGGGGCCGUGCUGGGGGGCUGGAGCCACACGCUGCCCCGGGCGGCCACCGAGGCCGGGCACCGACGGCCCCGUGGGAUGCAGCCGGCCCCGGGGGGGCCCGGCACCCCCCGCCACAGCCAGACGCUGCCCCGGGCAGCAACCGGCCGGGAACGGGUCCCAGGACGCGGCAGGGGGCGGCGGGGGACGGGGGGGCACGUACUUAUCGACGCCACCCGUGUGGUGGUCCGGGCCCAGUACGUCCCCCCGCCGCAGCGGCAGCAGGUCCGCUACGCGGGGGGGUCCCCAGGGCCCGCUGCCCCCCUAUGCAGCAGCCCUCCUGCGGCCCCCGGGGCUGUCACCCCACCAGCAGCACCCUCACCCCCCCGAGACCCCCCCGGCAGCCCCCGCAGUCCCUGGCGGAGCCCGGGUGGCUGUGGGGGUCCCCGGGGCCGGCCCCCCCCGCGGCGGCCGGUGCUGUACGCCCAGGCGUUACGCGAGGCCGUGUCCCGCAUCCGACGGCACACGGCUCCCGACUCCGACUCGGAGGCGGAGGGGGGCGCGGGGGGGCCCCGGUGGCGGCACUGCCGCGACGCCCGCGCCUACAGCAGCAGCAGCAGCAGCCUGGAGAGCACCGGGGCCCCCCCGGGGGCCACCAGCCCCCCCCCGGGCCUGAAGGGUGGGGCCUGUGGGGGUGUGGUGCCCGCAGGGCGGGGCUUGGUGGGAUGUGACGGGCUGGUGCAGGGCGGGACCAUCCUGUCCCUUUCCCUGUCCCUGUCCCUGCGCCGGCCCCGGUGCUGCGACAGCAGCUAUUUCCAGCGCCCGGGCGUAUUUGUACAAGCCGGGGAGGUCUGCACCCUGCAGCUGGGCGCCCGCCCCGCUCCCGGGGUGCCCCUGCCCGCCCGGGGGUCGCGGCUGCCCGAGGUGCCCGGCGGUCACUGGCACUCAGGAAAAGCUGAGUAA